UUAUUUUUGCGAAUUAAAAACUCUUUUUCUUUCCUAGAGGUCAAACAAUUCCCAACUACCGAAGAACAAUGGCACCAAAAGCUGAGAAGAAGCCAGCGGAGAAGAAGCCCGCUGAGGAGAAGAAGACAGUAGCCGAGAAGGCCCCGGCGGAGAAGAAGCCAAAGGCUGGCAAAAAGCUUCCCAAGGAAAGCGGAGCAGCGGCCGGAGACAAGAAGAAGAAGAGGGUUAAGAAGAGCACCGAGACUUACAAGAUCUAUAUCUUUAAGGUCUUGAAGCAGGUUCACCCAGAUGUCGGGAUCUCAAGCAAGGCUAUGGGUAUCAUGAACAGUUUUAUCAAUGAUAUCUUUGAAAAGCUUGCUCAAGAAGCCUCCAGACUCGCGAGGUACAACAAGAAACCGACCAUCACUUCCAGGGAAAUCCAGACCGCUGUUAGACUUGUACUUCCUGGUGAGCUUGCAAAGCACGCCGUUUCUGAAGGGACUAAGGCCGUAACUAAGUUUACAUCUUGAAAAUUGUAAUUUGGGGACAUGCAGUUAGGGUUAAUUUUUUUUUUCAUUUUCUAAAAAAAGAUUAAAUCGCUUAGUUUUAA